GUCUCGCACAUAUCGAUACAUCGUUGAAACAAAAAAACAAAACAAUAAUAAUAAAAUAAAAUAAUAAUACAAAUUCUUCGCAUGAUGACACUCGAUUUGGAUGCAAAUAAAAAGGACGAGAAGAUUUUGUUAACACCCAUCCAGCAGGAGUACAAAAUCCUGGCUGAAUACAAAAUGAUUGAGUCCGAGAAGUUGGGUGGCAUAUAUACAAUACCCAGUUUAGCCAAUUCCUUGCAAUGGUUUGGCGUCUUCUUUGGACGCCAGGGAUUUUAUUCAGAAAGCGUAUUUCGUUUCUCUCUUCUGCUGCCCGAUCGUUUUCCCGACGAUAAAAGUCUUCCAACCGUAAUUUUUCAGCAAAAUAUCUUGCAUCCCCAUGUGUGCCCCUAUACCAACAGCUUGGACAUUAGUCAUGCCUUUCCAGAAUGGCGAUGCGGCGAAGAUCACCUCUGGCAGCUCUUCAAGUACAUGCAGGCGAUAUUUUUGGAUCCCAUUUACAGCAUUCGGGGCAUUGAAUUUGACAAAUUAAAGAACCCUGAGGCCGCCGAGCUGCUGCUCAACAAUCGAGAGGAGUUUGCGGCCCGCGUUCUGGAGAACAUCAAGGACAGCAAGGCGCACAUCUAUGACCCUCAACCUACGGAGGAUCCGCAUUACAUAGUAUUUGAAAAGUUUCAGCCAGAUGUGCAUGGGCCUGUCUUGGAGCGAAUCAAAGCGGGCAGGAGUAAUGCGACUGACUCCAGUCUGCAACAGACUAAUGGUGGCGCUGCCACAGGCCUUUCAUGGGUGAAGGAGGGAGAAUUCAAGCCGUUGAGCAUUGAGUAAAAUUAUGUGUACAUAUAUUACUCCUGUAACUAAUCGUAGUUAAAAUGUUGUCGCAAUUAUAUUCCAUUAAAGUUUAA